CACCAUAGACCACCAUCGUUUGGUUUCCAUGUGCCAUAUAUUUUUCAAUUGUGCUGUGAUGUUUUACAAACAUUUAGAACCUUUCUAGUCAGAGUAUCCACAGAUUGUGACCUUAAGAUGAAAACCUUUCCUACGAGUAUUAUUCUAUCAUUUAUUGAUUAUGGCUUUUCAUAUCACCCAACACUGUUAUUUGUAAGGUUCAUUUUAAGCGAAUGUUGUAAUGAAGUAACCUACUUAAGUAUUAUCUCUGGUGUCAAACUGACUAGUUAUCUAAAGGACUGUAAUGUAAAUGAACUAAUCAUAAUGGAUGUGUCAGAGUGGGAUGUAAAGGUACAGUAUCUUCCCUGAUGAGAAAUAUAUGAUGGUGAUUUUCCUGAAUAUUUCAUAUUUCCUGAUCUUCCUUUCUAUCUACAGGAUCCUAUCUGAUGGAGCUGUUGUCAAAGACUGGACUAGAAGAUCAUUAUGAAAACAAGCUGACGUUAAGUUCUGUCCUUGAGAUAAAUGCUGAUACUACAUCAGAUGAACCUCUUACCACUAUGCAGUCACUUCCAGGGGCCUUCCUGAAGAAGUUAAUGAUGGCAAAUCUGAAUGCUAGGAGUGUCAAAUGUAUGUCCACUGAUGCAGAAGUUUCAUUUCCGGGUACAGACCGUUUUGAGAAUCUAAAAAGUGACUCUGAUAACAGUGAUGUCAUUAAUCCACUGGACCUGAUAACUGCCCUGUUUCUGUGUUCAGAUGGUUUCCUGCAGCAGGAGAUGGUCCAGAAAAUGUCCAUGUGUCAGUUUGCUGUUCCUCUUCUGCUGCCCAACUGUGACACAGAACAAAUCACUUUGAUGCUGUGGGCCUUGAGGGACAUAGUGAGGAAGUUUAGACUCUCUACCCAAACAGACACAAAGGCUUUUGUGGAGGAGAGAAUAGUUCUCUCUGAUAUUCCCAUGGUGUCCUUUGUUAGGUUAGGUGAGAUUAGAGUGUCCAAGUCUCAGAUCUUGAACAAACUGCUUAGUAACCCUCAGCAGUACCAUGAUACAUUUGUUCAUCAUGAUAUGGAAUGUGGUGACAUCACUCAUAGAAUCUCAGAUGGUCUGGUUGAAAUCAGCUGGUACCUUCCAUGUGGGAACAGAAACAUAGACAUCUUCACUAAGCCUGUGGUGGUGGCCAAUCUCAGAGGAGACAUCAGGUCCUUUGAAAAUCAGUUCUCCUUUCUGUGUCAAACAUCAGCUGCAGUUUACAUUUUCACUGAUGAUUUAAAGGCAUUUCUCAAUUUGUUGAAAAGCAAAAACACAAAAGCAGAGUUAUUUCUGGUCGUCAACUCUCAAAGAAAAUCAUUCAGAGUAGACACAUUAAAACAAAUUAUCACAAACUGCAGUAUCAAUGACCAAAAUGUGAUUGUCAAGAAAAAGAAAAACGAUGCAGAAUUUGUCAAAACGCUGCAAUCAUCUGUUGGUGACAUCAUUGAAAAUAGUCCAGACCGGUUGACAGUGGAAAACAUGACUGACAUAGCUCGUCACAGUGGGAUUCUGGUUGAUGAAGACGGUGAUGACUGUCAGAGUGCCAGGAAGAUGGCAGAUGAAAUCACCAGCAACAUCAGAGACACAGUCAAAUUUAAAGACAAACAGCUACCCUUACAAGGGCAAAUCUGGAAAAAGCUUUCCCAGUUGGAGAAAGAGAGAUAUAGACUGAGAAAACAAGGGGAUCAAGACAUUGAACACUACAGGAGCUCUCUGAAGAAAAGGGAGGAAGAGCUGAGAAAGAAACAAUAUACAUUUUACAUGUCAGAUGCAAUGAAAAGCUUCAUUUUAGGAUUGUCAGGUUCAGGAGCUGAGUGUUCCUAUUUCCUCAAAUGGAUGCGGAUAAAUCUGGACAAUCUGUCACGUCAGAACCUGUCUGCUUUGCGGGACCAGUACAAAGAUCUUUGCCAAAAUUCUCCUGAGAAAAAAGACGACAUUAAAGAUUUGGAUAAGCAAUUAUCUGACUGUUCCUUGGGUCUUGAACACUUCCUGCGUGAGCUGGGCCAGUUAUAUGAAGCUGCCUGCUCCCUCCCUGAAGACAGUCCUCAAAGGAAACAGAUGGAGAAGCUCCCUGGAUUGUGUGCUCAGAUGCUGUUGGAUGGUUUCCCCAUUGAGCUUGUGGAUGGAGAUGCAUCAAAUAUCCCUCUGAAAUGGAUAUCAGCUGUUCUGACUCAGCUUCAUACUCUUGUGGACUCUAACAGCAAGAUCCGGGUUGUUACAGUUUUAGGGGACCAAGGUACUGGGAAGUCCACUCUCCUCAACACCAUGUUUGGGGUCCAGUUUGCUGUCAGCAGUGGAAGAUGCACUAGAGGGGCCUUCAUGCUGCUGAUUAAAGUCAACAAAGAACUCAAGGAGGAGCUGAAAUGUGACUUCAUCAUGGUGAUUGACACAGAGGGGUUGAAAUCACCAGAGUUGGCUGAACUUGAUAAACACUAUGAACAUGACAAUGAACUGGCCACACUGGUGAUUGGACUCAGUGAUGUCACUAUCAUCAACAUGUCCAUGGAAAACUCCACAGAGAUGAAAGACAUUCUGCAGAUUGUUGUUCAUGCUUUUAUCAGGAUGAAGGAAGUGGGGAAGAAGCCAGUAUGUCAUUUUGUGUACCAAAACAUGUCAGACAUGUCUGCUCAUGACAACAACAUGAGAGAACGGAAGAAGUUGUUGGAACAGUUGAAUGAAAUGACCCAGGCAGCAGCCAGAAUGGAGAAGAAGGAGAAUAUCACCAAGUUCACUGAUGUGAUGGAGUAUGAUCCAGACACAAGCAGCUGCUACAUCCCAGGACUCUGGCAUGGGACUCCCCCUAUGGCUCCAGUCAAUGCUGGUUACAGUGAGGCUGUGUAUGAUUUAAAAAAGAGCUUGAUGCAAGACUUAAUCAAAUGCCAGAGUAAUGAUGACAUGACACAUUUCCUGAAGUGGACAGAAAGCUUGUGGGAGUCUGUCAAAUUGGAUAAAUGAAUUUUCAGUGUCAGAAACAGCUUGGUUGCAGAUGCAUACACCAGUUAAUGCUUUAAGUACAAUGGUUGGAACGGUCCUUCAAGAAGGACAUUUAUUCCUGGAUAAUGGGUGCUGAAAGCAGAAUGUAAAACAGAUCCAAACCCCCAAAUGAGCAUAUGAAACGUGCUGAAGGACUUGUCCUGUCAUCCCAAUGGUGGAAGCAGCUUAUUACUGUCACUAGGACAGCAGAAUCCCUGCCCAUCAGGUUCUAAGUGUUCUAAGUUACCAGUUAGAAUAGUAGAAUACACAAGGUGCAAUUUAGAAAUGUGGUUUUAUAUCAGCAGGUUUUCUCUUGUUAUGUAAGUCACUGACAGUCAGUCAUUUAGCCCAUGUCAGCAAAACAUUUUUAGAUUGCUAAGUUAGUUUAGCGGCCAGCUAUCUAAACUAUUAUGGUUGAAUUACCUGCUGGGGUCUCCUAUUGAUUUUGUAUGUCAGUCUAACUCAGAUAUUAUAUUAAAAACUGCAACCAUUUUUCUCCAACCUACUGCAAUAUGUGUAGAAUUCCAGCAAACUUGCUUUAAAAUUGUCACAUUUUCUCUACACCCCAUGGCAAAAGGUGUGAAAUUGCACAAAGUUGACAAAAAAAGUGUACAAAAUGUAUCUCUGCUGUCAAAAUGCAAUACAUUUUAUUGUAUGGAUGUGGGUAUACAGACCUUCGAGCAACUGCGGCCCCUUAUGAGAGUUUUGUGGCCCAUCCCUGGUCUAUGGCAUGGAAAUAGCAGGUAUCCUUAAUGUUUUGUAUACUCAGUGUAUACAGUCAGGAUGG